AUGGAGGACGAAAAAGUUAGACUAGUAUAUAGACGUGCUGUGCAGAUGUAUGUACACUGCCGGUUCAGAGAAGCGAUGAAGGAGUUAUUGCCACUGGUGGUGGGUGUGCAGUUGACGGUGGAAGGUGAAGGUGGUCGACGCCGGUAUAGCGGCAUGGCUGUGCAGGUGUUGAAGUUGUUCAUGGCGCUCCUUGUACGGCCUAAAGGGUGGUCCAGCCAGAGGGAACCUGAAGCAGAAGCUGGAGGAGGAGAAGAAGAAAGAGAGGAGAAAGAGCAAGAGCAAGCCCGGAUACGAGAGUAUGUAAAGGAGGGACGGUUAUACCAAGCAUUGAGAGACGUACAACUUUUGACGGAUGUGGAAGUUGUGUUGGUGUGUUUGCGAGUUGAACUGGAAUAUGGAUGUCUUUAUUUGCGGGAGCAUGUACAAGAGCAUCUGGAGAGAUACGGGUUUUCCGAGGUAUUCAAGUUUUACUACGGGGAACUAGUUUACAGGGAUGAGGGACUAGCUGUCUGUGAGCGUAAGAUUGAAGGAGACUUGCGAUUGGGUGGAAAAAGCAUGGAGAUGAUCGAAUGGAUACGGGAGUAUGACCAAGAGGCCGCAUAUGGCGGUCGAGGUGACGCAGCUAGGGAUGUUGGCAAUCACAGCAAUGGCCACUGGUCUGGCUAUGCUGACGACGAUAUAGUGUACAGUGACAGUGACCAUGAGGAGAAUAUAGGUGUUGUUAAAGAAGCCAUAACGGAGAAACAAGUCCAGCAUCAACCCAAGAGACGAACACGCAAGAAACGUGUUAUUACUGCUACUAAUCCUAAUACUGCUACCACCACUACCACCUCGUCUACGUCUACGUCUACGUCUUUCCCCAUAUUGGUGAACAUGAUGCAACUCUUGCACAUCUUGUCAUGGAAACGGGGAUGCAAGUGGAAACUGAGAAAUCUCCCCCAUUUAAGAAGGCUCGGCAUAUUUCUCUUAAUUUCAAUUUUUAUUGCCGUUCUGUCACGUGACCGUGUGCGCAAACUCCGUGCACCAUCAAUAUGGUUAUUAAAUUUGAGAUGGAGAAAUUGA